AAACACAGAGAGAAACAAAUUCUUCAGAGGUUUUAGAGAAAUGGCGAAGUCGUGCAAAGGUCUGGCUACGGAACUCGUCAAAUGCCUCAGCGAAUCCGAUUGCGUCAAGGUAGAGAAUCGGCCGUAUAGAGAAUGUGCGAAAGAGAAGAGCCCACACAUUUCCAGCGAGUGUGUGGGGCUUAGAGAAACCUAUUUCAACUGCAAGAGAGGCCAGGUUGACAUGAGAGCUCGAAUUCGUGGAAACAAGGGUUACUAACUGUUGGGUGUUUCACAUAACCGAAAACGUCGAAUUUAAAUUUUUUUUCACGUGUCUUUUGUUUUUCGAAUUGUACAGAGAGCAAACUGAGAAUUUUUGUUGUAGAGCUUCUUCGAAUGGUAUAAGUAUUUAUAAGCAUAUCGGUUUCGUUUUUUAUGCAGUUAAAUCGGCAGUAUUCAUACCACCAGUACUAAGUUGUUAGUACUACGUUGUUUUCUGCUUCUGUCUCAGUUUUACUGCAAGUUUCAUUUUGAAGAAAUAUAUCAGAUUUUUUUUGUUGGAUAAUUUGUAUUUUAUGUCAGAUUUAAUCGUUUUAUUUA